AUGCCACUAUUAUCUCUCUUAGUUCUCUUCCUCUCCUUCUCGGCUUCGUCAGAAGGUCAGACACUCUGCAGCGACAAUAAUGGCGGCAUGUACAUGCCAAACAGCACCUACAAAUCCAACCUUGUAUCCCUCGCUGAACUACUGUUUGCCAAAGCCAAGCACUCAGCUACUGGCACGGCUGGCAUAGGACCAGACAAGGUCUAUGGUGCAGUGCUUUGUCGGGGUGAUUCUGACGGCUCCGACUGUCGGAAGCGCCUAACCAGGGCCCUUGAUGAAGCAAUCAACAGCAAAGCUGGCAACUCUUACUCCCUCCAGGGUAACAACGUGACCUACUACGACGACCAAUACCAGGCACAGAUAAGCUUCUCUGACCAGGACUUCCUUUCCAACUUCAGCAACAUGCCCGGGUGCACCGUGAAUACUAACCUGAACUCCGUGACGGCCACUGGAGUAGCCAAGCGUUAUGAAGACCUUGUCAACAAGCUGAUACAUGCGCUUGCUGAUGCUGUGGUGAGCCGAGCAGAAAAAUAUGCAGUCAGGAAAGUGAGGUCUGAGGAGACAGGACAGACGGUGUAUGGGCUGGCGCAGUGCAUACGGGAUAUGCCAUAUGAGAGUUGUGCGCCAUGCCUGGAUCGCAUAAUCUCUGACAUGCAGAGUAAGAUCAUUGCUGGCCAGAUAGGGGCAGCAUUUCUUGGGGUGUGGUGCACAUUGCGUUAUGAGACGGACACACAGUUCUUUACUGAUACCAAGAUGCUGUCCCUCAAUGCGCUCCCAAGAAGUAAAACACACUUUUUUCGAUGGAACAAUGCAGUCUUGGUUGGCGUUGGAGGUUUCCUGCUAGUAAUAUCAAUUUCUUGCUUGGUUUUUCAUAUAUGGGUCAAAACACAACGACCAAGAGAACAAACAAUAUUUAAACUAGGACGGCUGUAUUUGUCAAUACAAAUUGCAAUAAAUCUUUGGAGGAUGGGAGGAGCCAACACAGAAUUUUCAGUUUAUGAUUUCUCCAAGAUAAAAGAAGCUACAAAUAACUUCUCGAUUGGUAACAAACUGGGACAAGGUGGCUUUGGUCCUGUAUAUAAGGGCCGAUUAAGAAAUGGACACAAAAUAGCAGUCAAGAGACUGCAAACAUCUUCUUUGCAAGGUUUACUGGAAUUCCAAAACGAAAUUCAACUCAUAGGAAAGGUUCAACACAAAAAUCUCGUGAAACUGCUGGGAUGUUGCACUCAAGGAGAUCGAGAAAAAAUGCUAGUAUAUGAAUAUAUGGAAAACAAAAGCCUAGACAACUUCAUCUUUGAUAUCAUUAAAGGAAGGCGAUUAAACUGGUCAAAACGUUUGCGCAUAAUUGAUGGGACAGCUCAAGUGGCUAUAUACCUCCGGAGUAUGCUUUUGAGGGGGUUUGCUCGACCAAGACAGAUGUAUUUAGCUUUGGCGUAUUGA